AUGCUGCAAAACACGGGAAAGUUGGCAGGAAAGACCCUGUUCAUCACAGGUGCAAGUCGAGGCAUUGGAAAAGCCAUCGCCCUCAAAGCGGCCCGGGAUGGAGCAAACGUUGUCAUAGCUGCUAAAACUGCACAAGUCCACCCCAAACUACCUGGAACCAUCUACACAGCUGCAGAAGAGAUCGAGGCACUGGGAGGCAAAGCCUUGCCUUGUAUUGUAGAUGUCAGAGAUGAGAAGCAGAUCGGAGAUGCGGUGCAACUUGCUGUGCAGAAGUUCGGAGGCAUUGACAUCCUGGUCAACAACGCCAGUGCCAUUAACCUGAAUGGUACCCUGGAGACGCCCAUGAAGACAGUGGAUCUCAUGCUGGCUGUUAACCUCCGAGGGACCUAUCUGACGUCUAAACUGUGUAUCCCACAUCUGUUGAAGAGUAAAGGUGCUCACAUCCUCAACCUCAGUCCACCACUCAACCUCAACCCUAUCUGGUUCAAGAACCACACUGCGUACACGAUGGCCAAGUAUGGCAUGUCCAUGUGUGUUCUGGGCAUGGCUGAAGAGUUCCGAGGGUCUAUCGCCGUCAACGCCUUGUGGCCCAAGACAGCCAUCCACACGGCCGCUAUGGACAUGCUGGGCGGCAUGGACGUUGGUAAGCGUUGUCGUAACGUUGACAUCAUGUCUGACGCGGCUUACGCCAUCUUCAGUAAGCCUCCCAGCUACACCGGCAACUUCGUCAUCGACGAGGACAUCCUGAGAAAGGAGGGCAUUAAAGACUUUGACGUCUACGCUAUAGCGCCUGGGAAUCCACUAAUGCCAGACUUCUUCCUGGAUGAGGCUGAGGGUUUGUUGCAGAACCUGGGGGAACAGAAGGGCCUCCCGGAUUCUGGUAAAGGCAGUACUACAUCUUCUAUCAGUGGACCCAUAGCGGAAACAUUCAAUAUAAUCAAGGGAAUCCUAAACCCUGAUGUGGUCAAAUCCACUGGAGGAGUCUACAGGUUUGACCUGUCUGGUGAACAUGCAGGCGUGUGGUACAUCGAUCUGAAAAAUGAUGCAGGCAGUGCAGGUUGUGGAGAGCCUCCUGUCAAACCUGAUGUUGUCAUGGCCAUGGACAGUGCUGACUUCACCAAGAUGUUUGCAGGUGAACUAAAGCCCACCAUGGCCUUCAUGUCAGGGAAGCUGAAGAUAAAAGGAGACAUGACCCUCGCUAUCAAGAUGGAGAAGAUGAUGUCCAUGAUGAAGUCUAAGCUCUAAAUGAAAAUACAUCAUCUGAAACUGUGUAUAUUGUGUGUUGAAGACUGCUGGGAACCCAGGAAUGUUGAUGUGCUCAGACUGGGAGAAAUCAGGACAACAGCGACCUUAAGGAUCCUGCCUGAUUUCGAGUUGGAUGGACAUUCACCUUUUUCUCCCUGUUUUGAACGUGCUGAAGAGGUCAGAUGUCCGAGUUCCUAGUUGUUCUAAACACACCAACAGCACACUGAGUCAGUGCCUAUGCUCUGGUUGAUAGUAGUGUACUAUAGAGUGGAUUGGGUGCCAAUUGGGGUGCUCAAGAAUGUCUAUUUGCCUUCUAUUUAUGUCUAAUAAAUAAUGAACUGUGCGCCUCCUUUUCUAACAUGCACUUUCUAAUAAAUAUGUUAAACAAAUAA